GUAAGCCCUGUGCCCACGACGGCCAAGCCAUCUGUGCGCGGGGCUCUUCGGGAUUGGAAGGGACCGCGUACCUCUGUGCCUCCGGGACGGGAACUACAAUUCCCAGAGGGCUGUGCGGCCUGGAGCCCCAGGCUACUUCUUCAGUGCUCCCGGGCUCUAGUGUCCUGGGGUCUGUUCCUGUGGGCGCAGAGGCCUGGCUUGGCGGUAGGGGCGGCCCUGUGAGGGUUGUGCCUCCUGGGGCGGCCCCGGGACGCCAUUCUUGGAGUCAGGGGUUACUAGGUUUGUGGAGAAAACUAUGAACAUAUCCGAGGAUGUACUCUCUACGGGGUCCUCAUUAGCAUCUCAGGUUCAUGCCGCUGCAGUUAAUGGAGAUAAAGGUGCCCUUCAGAGACUCAUUGUUGGAAACUCUGCUCUCAAAGACAAAGAAGACCAGUUUGGGAGAACACCACUUAUGUACUGUGUGCUGGCAGACAGAGUGGACUGUGCAGAUGCUCUUCUCAAAGCAGGAGCAGAUGUCAACAAAACGGACCAUAGCCGGAGAACAGCCCUCCACCUCGCAGCUCAAAAGGGAAAUUAUCGCUUUAUGAAACUCUUACUUACUCGAAGAGCAAACUGGAUGCAGAAGGAUCUAGAAGAGAUGACACCUUUGCACCUGAGCACCCGGCACAGGAGCCCCAAGUGUCUAGCUCUUCUGCUGAAGUUUAUGGCCCCUGGGGAGGUGGAUACACAGGACAAAAACAAGCAAACAGCUCUGCACUGGAGUGCCUACUACAACAACCCCGAGCAUGCGAAGCUACUCAUCAAACACGACUCCAACAUCGGGAUUCCCGACGUGGAAGGCAAGAUCCCACUCCACUGGGCAGCCAACCACAAAGACCCGAGUGCCGUGCACACAGUGAGAUGCAUCCUGGAUGCUGCCCCAACAGAAUCUUUACUGAACUGGCAAGACUACGAGGGCCGCACACCUCUGCACUUUGCAGUCGCUGAUGGAAACCUAACGGUGGUGGAUGUCUUGACCUCCUAUGAAAGCUGCAACAUAACGUCUUACGAUAACUUAUUUCGAACCCCACUUCACUGGGCAGCCUUACUAGGUCAUGCACAGAUUGUCCAUCUCCUUCUAGAAAGAAACAAGUCUGGAACGAUCCCUUCGGACAGCCAGGGAGCAACACCCUUGCACUAUGCAGCUCAGAGUAACUUUGCUGAAACAGUCAAAGUGUUUUUGCAGCAUCCUUCAGUGAAGGAUGAUUCUGACCUGGAAGGAAGAACAUCUUUCAUGUGGGCAGCAGGAAAAGGCAAUGAUGACGUGCUCAGGACAAUGCUGAGUCUAAAGUCAGACAUCGACAUUAACAUGUCAGACAAGUACGGAGGCACAGCUUUACACGCUGCUGCCCUUUCUGGCCACGUCAGCACCGUGAAGUUAUUAUUGGACAAUGAUGCUCAAGUGGAUGCCACUGACGUCAUGAAACAUACGCCACUGUUCCGAGCCUGUGAGAUGGGACACAGAGAUGUGAUUCAGACGCUUAUUAAAGGUGGAGCACGAGUAGAUCUGGUUGACCAGGACGGACAUUCGCUUCUACACUGGGCAGCGCUGGGGGGAAAUGCUGACGUCUGCCAGAUACUGAUAGAAAAUAAGAUCAACCCAAACGUGCAGGAUUAUGCAGGAAGAACACCGCUUCAGUGUGCUGCAUAUGGAGGGUACAUCAACUGUAUGGCUGUGCUCAUGGAGAACAAUGCAGACCCCAACAUCCAAGACAAAGAGGGACGAACAGCUUUGCACUGGUCCUGUAAUAAUGGCUACCUUGAUGCCAUUAAACUACUGCUAGAUUUUGCUGCUUUCCCUAAUCAGAUGGAGAACAAUGAGGAGAGGUACACGCCCCUUGAUUAUGCAUUGCUUGGUGAGCGCCAUGAGGUGAUCCAGUUCAUGCUGGAACAUGGUGCCCUGUCCAUCGCAGCUAUACAAGACAUCGCUGCCUUCAAAAUCCAAGCAGUCUACAAAGGAUACAAGGUCAGAAAAGCCUUCCGAGACCGGAAGAACCUCCUCAUGAAGCAUGAACAGCUGAGGAAAGACGCUGCAGCUAAAAAACGGGAGGAGGAAAACAAGAGGAAGGAAGCUGAAGAGCAGAAAGGGCAGCUGGACACAGAUCCUCCCAGAUCCCACUGCAGUUCAUCUGCACCUGUCCUCCCCUGUCCACCCAGCCCCCAGAAUGAGGCCAGCAAGCCGAACGCAGCCCCUAGCAACCAGCCACCCGCUAGCCACACAGUGCAGAGCCCCGGCCCAGAACACAGCAGGCCUCCAGGCAGAGCCUCCCGAGGGGAUCCUUCCUCAGACCUUCAGGGAACGGCCUCCAGAAAGCCAAGUGAAACACCCAUAGAACACUGCAGAGGCCCCUCUGCCUGUGUGCACCCCAGAUCCUGGGAAGAUGGUAACAGCUCCAAGAACCAGGGAACAUCCUCUGUGGAGAAGCGCAGAGGUGAGACCAAUGGCAAACACCGGAGGUGUGAGGAGGGGCCCAGCAGCGCCAGGCAGCCCUUGUCCACUGGGUCAGGCCGGCCUGCUGAGAAAGGAGAGGACUCCAGCCCUGCAGCUGCAAGUGCUUCCCAGCAGGACCACCCCAGGAAGCCCAAUAAGAGACAGGACAGGGCAGCCAGAGGUGCUUCCCAGAAAAGACGCACCCAUCAGCUCAGAGACAGGUGCUCCCCAGCUGGGUCCAGCCGGCCUGGCAGUGCCAAGGGGGAAGUUGCCUGUGCUGAUCAGAGUUCUCUCCACCGUCACACACCAAGAAGCAAGGUGACCCAGGACAAGCUUAUAGGAGGGGUCUCCUCAGAUUUGCCGCUCAGCACAGAAGCGUCGAGGUCAGGAUGCAAGCAGCUUUAUGAGGACAUCUGUGCAUCUCCAGAGACUGGCUUGGCUCAUGGCCCCCCACCUGGACAGUGUAUGAAUAUUCACCUUCUUCCUGUAGAGCAGCGCCUGCUGAUAAUCCAGAGGGAACGAAGCAGGAAAGAGCUGUUUCGACGAAAAAACAAGGCAGCCGCAGUCAUCCAGCGAGCUUGGCGAAGCUACCAGCUCAGGAAGCACCUGUCUCGGCUUCUGCAUUUGAAGCAGCUUGGAGCCAGAGAUGUGCUCAGAUGUACCCAAGUGUGCACAGCCCUGCUCCUCCAGGUUUGGAGGAAAGAACUGGAACUCAAAUUCCCAAAGUCCAUCUCAGUAAGCAGGACAUCGAAGAGUCCAUCCAAAGGCUUGUCGGCCACAAAGUAUGCCAGGCACUCAGUGCUCAGGCAGAUCUACGGUUGUUCUCAAGAAGGGAAAGGACAUCAUCCCAUCAAAUCUUCUAAAGUACCCCCUGUGCUUCAUCUCAGUUCAGUGAACAGUUUGCAGUCUAUACAUCUUGACAACAGUGGAAGAUCAAAGAAGUUCUCUUACAAUCUGCAACCAGCCAGUCGAUCAAAAAACAAGCCAAAGCUUUAACCCUGGAGGAAGAUCAGAACCAGUGUGGAAUUCUGCUCUCUGUAAACUCUUCUACUCAUGAGAACGCUUUACUAUUUGCACCUAAAGACUUGUUACCCAGCAUAUGGGGUCAAAGACAAGGUUCAAAUGUUUUCUCCUGGGGGUUUACUCAGCGUUACUUUUUAUUCCUCUCAGCAUGCACUGAAAGGACCAGAGCAGGGCGCUCGGAUGGACUGCCUAGCUGUGUGCUUCACCUCAAGCCAGCAUGACUAGAAAUGAGAACUGCCACACUCAUCAUGACAACACCUGUACUAAGGAGCUGCUGGGCUGGGAUUUCUAACUGGCACAGGCCUAGGUUUUCCACUCUAGAACCUUCUUCAAUGAGAUAGGAAACCUGGGCCACAACAACCACCCUCAACUCUUUACUUCCCUGGAACAUACUGUGAUGAAAAUCACAAGAGACAUUUUAAACUUUAGAUGCAAAUCAUGGCUUAGUGCAUGCAGUUAGAAACUGUCCAGUGUGCUAAAGCGGAACUGAGAAGCACAUUCUGUUGCUUCCUUACCGUGAUCAGUUUCCAGGUUGGUCCAGAGAGAACAGAAGCUCAGCUUUCACUGCUGAGUGGCACCAAUGAUACCACAGCACCAACAAGUCAGCAAGACAGGGUUUACAGCAGAAUGCACCAACCAACUCAGGCUUCUCUUCCCCUCUGCAUCUUCUGACCAACUUGCAGAAAUAUGCAGCAUUCCCCAAAUGCAGUUUCUUUUGUGAAAGUAACCCACACUCUAACUAAAACUACUUGGCUUAAAUAAAGUCUAGUGAUUAUGGGCUUUUACAGAGGCAACGAUGACGUCAGGUCAGUACUGUGUGCUAACAGUGAAGGUCAGGAAGCAAGUGUUUACCUCACUUAACUACCUAGACUUUUGGUUUAGUAAAUUAUAUUCAAAAUGAAGACAGGUUUAUCUAGAUGAGAUAACAAAGAUGCAUUGGUAAGUGAAUGAAGGCAUCGUAGCUCACUCUAUGUAUUGUAAACAUUUAGCUCCUGUGUAAUUCAAACUGUUCUAUAGCCUGUCUUUGUAUCGCUUACUAGUCCAGGCAAACAGCGCGAGAGCACUAAAAGCUAACUUUUAAACUUUUAAAAUAAACUCUUAAACUUUAUUUUCCCACUUCUGUAUGAAGGAAGCUCAUGAACUUCUUUAAAAGUUGAGGUUUAAUGGCAAACAUCUGUUACAUCAGUCUUUCUUCAAAAUAAAAUGAAUGUGCAUGAACAAUUAACUUCAAACAGGAGGUACCAUGGUGCUUCUUUAAUACAAUGCAUUCAAUAUACUAGGCCCUUGGGGAUGGCCACUGAUGUACACGCUGAAGCAGUAAUGUAAGUCUGUAAGCCACUGCUCCUGAACACUGCCACCCUUUAAAGUCUGCAGAGAAAAACAAAAGGCACUUUAGUUUGAGAACCUAGCAUUUUUCAUGCCUCCAUUAAAGUAUAUUCCCCAACCACUAGCUGGAGAAUAUACAUGGGCUGGACCUAAGGCCUCCCUGUGGGUCUUGAAUAACUGGAGCAGCGGCUCCAGUUAUUCCCAAAAGCUGUUGCCUAUACUUAAGGUACGUUCUUCUAGCUGGGCAGCCUUGUCUGGCCUCAGUGGGACUGGAUGAGCGCAGCCACAUAGAAACCUGAAGUGCCAGGAUGGGAGGAUACCCAGAGGAUGCCCACCCUCUCAGAGGAGGAGGGGAGGGGGAAGGGAUUGUGGGAGGAGGUGACUGGGAGGUGGGGCACUAAAAGUAAAAAGUGAGUAAGUAAAGAAAUAGAUUUUCUUUUUUAAAAUCCUCUCCUAUAAACUAGAAAGAAUCUUAAAAUACAAAACCAACCAACCAACUGUUGGGAGUUACUAUAGCCAAUGAAAUUUCCUACUCUUUACAAGAUUUUCAAAUUAUGAAAUGGGCCCUAAAGGCAUAGGUAUUUGAACAAUUGGUUGCCAGCUAGUGCUGCUGUUUUGGAAGGUUCUUUGGACACAGCCUACUUCUGGCCCAGGCUCUCUACUUCCUGACCAACUGAGAUGUAAAUCCACGCAGCAGACACCCACUGCCAUAGAUGUACCCUAGCACAGUGCUUACUCCAUGAUAAUAGAGUGCCCUCUCACACUGUCAAAUACAUAAGUCCUUUCUUUUAAGUUGGAUCUGUUAUUUGGUUAAUGUGACAAGAGAAAUAGUAUGUACCCUUAAGAGUAGCAAGUUCUUUGUGAAUGUGUUCCCUCCUGGACAUGCUGGAGACUAAUAAAAUUUAUCGACAAUCAUCCAUCCCUGAUGCCUUUAUUUC